AUGGCGACCCAGUGGACGGACGCGGCCAGCUACGCCGCCUACCAGGCGGACAACACGAGCUCCGAGAGCAUGUCGGACGACGCCGGCGCGGCGUCGGCGGAGGGAGGGGGCUCCUGCCGCUUCAUCCACAACCAGUGCGAGAAGGAGCUCUUCACCAGCGAGUAUUUAAGUAGAAGCAACAAAGCUAGUGGCCACAAGAAUCUACGCUGCUUCCCCCACUGCUGUGGAGGGCACAACCCCAAGAGCUUCUGCGGCUCGGGACUCGUAGUCGAGUGCUUCCUGUCCAACUGUCAACUGGUGCUCGGUCGCUUCGAGGAAGUCGCCAAGCAGCAACCAGUUAACAGUAAGACGCUUCCGUCCCCCACCAUGCCCACCUCGGUGGACACCAGUCUCGGGCGCGGCAGCCUCACUGUCGGCCGCGAGUACCCGCGCCAGGAGCUGUUCGACGACGUCAAGAUGCCCGACCAGCCCUUCGGCCGCUGGUUCCGGGGCACGGCGGUGCCCAACGGAGGCGGCGGCAACAAUGGCAACAACGGCAACAGCAGCAGCACGUGUUUCCUGCUCAACGGCAACCGCCAGUCGUGGCACUACGGCUGGCAGUCGUCGCGCCUCAACUGCAAGAACCUGCACGUGUUCAAGGUCUACGUCUUCGACGCCAGCGCCAGCGGCAACGCCAACACGUUGACGUGCGUGGCGGCGCUGGCGUCUCCGGCCUUCCGCAUCUCGUCCAGUCGCAAGGCGCGCAAGACGUUCCGCUCGCCGAUGAACCAGGCGGCGCUGGCCAAUGGGGCCGCAGCGAACGCGACGGCGGCGGCCAUGGGGAUCCACCAGUUGCAGCAGGCGGCGCUGCCCAUGGGGAGAGGAGGACCGGGAGUGAACUCGCCGCCUCCUCCUCAGAGCGCGAGGAGCAUUGAUGAAUUGUUGGGCAGCGGCAACAACUCGGCGGCGGCUAAUGCGGCGGCGCUGUUUGCAGCGGCUCAGCAGCAGCAGCAACAGCGACAAGCGCCGACGGGCUUCAUGGCUGGACAGAGGGACCCCGCUCGACGUGAGCGUAAACGCCUGACGCGCUCGGCGUCGCUCAAGACGGACUACUUCUCGACCAUCUCGUUCCCCACCAUUCAACAGCAGCAACAGCAGCAGCAGCAGUUCCAGCAGCCGCACAGACUGUCGCUUUCGGCGACGCAUCCGCCUCGCUUCGACGGACUGCAGGAGAACCGCGCCUCGACGCCGUCACUGCCGGGAGUUGGGUCAUUCCUCCACAAUCCGGCAGUGCCCAGAGCAGCGGGAGGCAACUGCCCGUUCCACACGAGACGCUCGUCCUUGGCAGCUCUCCCGAUGCCCGUGUCGAACCCGAUGACCAUCUCACGCCAGCAGCAGCGACCAGUUCCCGUGCUUACCCCCAUUACAGGUAUGAUGCAGCUUCGUCUGGAGAGCCACUCGCCCUACACGAGCACGCCCAUUGCGAGCUCAACUCCGUCGUCGUCCAGUUCUGCGGCGUCCUCGUCUCGCUCCGGUCCUCCUCCGUCAGCCAAUACAACGCGCCUCACGGCCGCAGCACUGCACCAGCACGCGUACGCUUCUGCUCGACCGUACCCGUACGCUCGACGUGAUACCUGGUCCAGUAGUUUACAAGGUAUGAUCCCUGAAGGAGGCGGUAUCCCCAUGAUGAUGAUGUCGCCCGGAUCAUCGCCGGACAGUUAUCUGAACCGCAAGCGCAACCGCUCCACGGACUCGGACAAGGCGAUCACUGCUGCUAUCGAGGCCUCGGAGAAAAUUCACCCGACGCUGUCGCCGGUAUCGUCACCGGGCUACACGCCUCCGAUGGUGGCCCCUGUCCCCACUGACAGCGAGCUCUACCGGCGCGCGCGCAUCCUGCAGCUCGCGUUCACGAUCGUGAAGCGCAUCCAUCGCUUCGAGGAGGUCGCAGCGAAGCAGAAGGAGCCGACGCCCAAGGUGUAUCGCCACUCGUUCGAGAUGAUCACUCCCCCGAUGCCGACGACGCCCCCGGCGGCGGCUUCGAACCAGACGCCACGCGCGCAACGCAAGAAAUGCACUCUGGUGCAGAUUCCUUUGAGCAACCCGAAGCUUUUGUAUCUGUGUUCCAAUCUCGUGACGGUGUGCACUGCGCUGGUCAGCUCUGGACUGCUGGAGGACAUGCGCCAGAAAAUGCACGACUGCGCCCAGGCUGGACGCGGCGCGCUGGCGGCUUACGCGCAGCUUGUGGACUUGCUGAAUGAAGCAGUGGAGGCUCAGGUGUCGCGUCUACCGCGCCGGAUGCACAAGUCUUGGGGCGACGCUGAGUCCGCCGAUGAGGGCGAAUGGGACCUGUACGAGAUGCUCAAGAGCUGCGAGCCGUGGUUGCUGCAGGAGCCGUGGUGGGUUGUGCUGGACGAUGACGACCAGCAGCAAGCAGGGGACAAGGAGGAGGGCGCGCUGCGUCCGCUGCCGUACAUGAACGUGUUUGCGGACUAUUACCGCGCUAUUCAGGACGCGGUGCCGUCUCCGCAGGAUCUGGAGGUGGCUGCGUCGCUGCGUAAGGCGGCGCUCACGGGAGCUACUGGGCUAACGGGUGAGUGGAACCGCCAAGGGGAGGCGGACGAGCACCACCUGCAGCAACCACAGCGCGUUGCGUCGGUCCGAUCCGCGACGGCAGCUUCGUCGCUGUCGUGGCUGGGGCGCUGCAUUCAUGCACACACGACCAAGACGUUCCACGUCACAGAGACGGACACUACGAUGACGUUGACUCUUCCAAACAGUUUGGUGUCUGCCGACGCCGUAUUCUUGCUGCAGCUGGAUCAGCAGGAGCCGACCGUCGUUCUGCCGCAGGACUACUUCCCGUUCGGCUGGUCUCGUAAGCGCUCGCUGAUGGCUUACCGUGCGUGGCGCGUGCGCGGCAUCGGCGAUUCGAACGGCAGUGCAGUGGCCGUGCAGUUCAUGCGCUGGCCUGACGACAACGAGAUCGAAGCGAUUGAGAACGACGAAGAGGAGGAGGAACUGGACGAUGACGAAGCGGAGGACUCACCCGAGGAGCCCGAGGAAGAGCCACUGGGACGUCGCGGCCGCCAGCCGAAGCGCCUGCGUACGCGGAUCACCAUUUACUUCUCCGUCUUCUCCGCCAGCACCCUGCAGCUGCGCACGAUCGUGGAGGCAAGCCUCGCGCCCGCCGUGGCGCUGCCCUCGGGCCAGCGGCCCUCGGAGGCGGACAUGCUGCGCUACUUCAAGUCGCCCUCGUCCUGGGAAAUGCGCUCGCAGAUCUCGCAGCAGUACACGAAGAACCUGUAA